CUUCCUAAAAGUGAUGCUUCUUGUCAAACUAAAGCACUAAUAUUAUCAUAAUGCAGGUCCGAAUGUAAGGAAGGAUUGGCUUAUGCACUUGAUCCAACUUCCCUUGUGCUCUGCUCUCAGCUUCCUUCAUCUUUCACUAAGAAUGGAACACAAAAAUAUGAUUUUGACCCUAUUCAAUUCAUCACUCUUACUCUCUUACAUCCUAUUUCAUAUGACCCUCAUUUUACUGUGCCCAAAUGCCACAGCUGGCGCUACUUUUGGCUUCACAAACGAGACAGACAAGCAAGCCUUGCUAGCCAUCAGCGAUCAAAUUCUUGAGGAUCCUUUCAAUGUCCUCCGCUCAUGGAAUGAUUCUAUCCACUUUUGUAGUUGGAAAGGAGUCACAUGUAGUCAUUGGCAUCAGAGGGUGACAAUCCUAAACUUGUCUUCCCUGGAAUUAGUCGGUUCCUUGUCUCCUCAUAUGGGAAAUCUUACCUUCCUCAGAGGGAUCCAUCUCGAGAACAAUAGUUUCAGUGGCACAAUCCCUCAAGAAAUUGGUCGACUGUUUCGGCUUCAACAUCUUUCUCUUGACAAAAACUCUUUCCAAGGUGAGUUCCCUACCAACUUGACUCAUUGCUCCAGCAUUACUGUCAUCAACAUGUCUUCAAACAAUCUUCUAGGAAAAAUUCCUAUUGAGCUAGGGUCAUUGUCUAAUCUCUUAGAAUUGCGUCUUUCCAAAAAUCUUUUCAUUGGCAAUAUCCCACCUUCUUUGGGAAAUCUUUCUGCUCUUCGCACACUUGAUCUAGGUUAUAACAAUCUAGUGGGAAGCAUUCCUUUUGAGCUUGGAAAGCUUUCUGACUUACAGUAUGUUCAGUUGGGUGCCAACAAUUUGUCUGGAAUGGUUCCUCCUCCACUUUACAGUAUCUCAUCCAUCUCUGUCUUUGCUCUAGUUCUCAACCAGUUAAGCGGAAGGCUCCCCAAAGAACUGGGAUUGACCCUUCCAAAACUACAAUAUUUCUUAGUUGGCGGUAACCAAUUCUCUGGGCCUAUUCCACCAUCAUUGGUUAAUGCUACAGAACUUGUUAAGUUUGAUAUAGGUGAGAAUUUUUUUAGUGGGUAUGUACCAAUGAAUUUGCAUAGCCUUCAAAAUCUAGAUAGGCUAAGUAUUUUUAGUAACCGACUCGGAACUAAAAAAGCCAAUGACUUGAGCUUCCUUGAUUCAUUAACCAACUGUUCAAAUCUACAAGGUCUACUUUUAGGUGGGAAUUAUUUUGGAGGUGUAUUGCCCAAUUCAAUUGCAAAUCUAUCCACCAGUCUCACCUCACUGUGGAUAAAUGUAAACUACAUAUCUGGAAGCAUACCACAGGGAAUAGGGAACCUCGUCAACUUAGAAUUUCUAGUAUUGGAUACAAAUAUGUUCAGCGGAAGCAUUCCUGAAUCUAUUGGGAAAAUUUCUAAGUUGCAGCGACUGUACAUUUCCAUAAAUAACAUAUCAGGAAAAAUUCCGCCAUCUAUUGGCAACAUGUCUCAGUUGAGUAUUCUUGGAUUAGGACAAAAUAUGCUAGAGGGAAGAAUACCUGUUUCUUUGGGUAAUUGCACAAGGCUAGAAGUAUUGGAUCUUCAACUGAAUCACCUCACUGGUGCGAUACCCGAGCAAGUUAUUGGACUUUCUUCUCUUACAAUUGCUCUCUCCUUGAAUCAAAAUUAUUUGACAGGACCACUGCCCUCACAAGUGGGUAACUUGAAAAAUCUUGGACAAUUAUAUCUCUCAGAAAACAAACUUUCUGGAGAAAUUCCAAGCAGUCUUGGUGAUUGUCGAGUUUUAGAAACCCUGCAUAUGGAGGGUAACCUUUUCAAAGGUACUAUUCCAUCAUCUUUACAGCAAUUAAAAGGAAUUCGAGACCUAAAUCUUUCUCAUAAUAGUUUGUCUGGACGGAUUCCAAGCUUUCUAGGCGAGUUCCGAGUGAUUGAAUAUCUAGACCUAUCUUAUAAUAAGUUUAAGGGUGAAGUUCCAAAUGAAGGAGUGUUCAUGAAUGUCGGUGCAUUUUCAAUUGUGGGAAAUGACAAACUUUGUGGAGGAAUCAAGGCAUUGGAAUUGCCUGCAUGUCCCACACAAGGGGAAAGAAAAAAGCUGUUCCCCCGUAAAGUGAUAAUUCUUGUGACAAGUAUCACUCUUUCUACAAUUUUGUUGAUAGCAUGUGUUUCCGCUGUUUUUUACCUCAUCAAAAGGUCAAAACGAAAGUCUUCCAUAGAUUGUCCAUUAGGAAGUCAGUACCCAACACUCUCUUAUGCAGAACUUCAACAUGCUACCAACGGAUUCUCUUCAGCAAACUUGAUUGGUGCAGGGAGUUACGGUUCUGUUUAUAAAGGAAUUCUCAACUCUGGUGAACAAAUUGUCUCUGUGAAGGUAUUCAAACUUCAACUACUUGGAGCCAACAAGAGCUUCUUGGCUGAAUGUGAAGCCUUGAGGAACAUUCGCCACCGCAAUCUGGUCAAGAUCAUCACAUCUUGCUCAAGCAUGGACUUCAAAGGAAAUGAUUUCAAUGCUUUGGUCUUUGAGUUCAUGCCAAAUGGGAGUUUAGAGAGCUGGUUACACCCAACUCAAUCUGUGCAGCAGGAUCCAAAGAGCUUGGAUUUAAUACAAAGGCUGAACAUUGCAAUUGAUGUGGCAUCUGCAUUGGAUUAUCUUCACCAUCAUUGUGAAACAGCACUUAUUCAUUGCGAUCUAAAGCCAAGCAAUGUUCUUCUUGACAAUGAGCUCUGCGCUCAUGUGGGUGAUUUUGGUCUAUCAAGGUUUCUUGGAGCCGCAAGAGGUAAAACCAAUCAUUUGCAAUCUAGUUCUUCAAUUGGGAUUAGAGGAACAAUUGGCUAUGUCGCACCAGGUAAUGUUCUAUCACAUAAUUAUUGCAUAAUUAUAUACACCUCCUUUUGGUACAUACUCUACGACACUUGAGACUCUUUAAAGUUUUUGUUUUAUUGUAUUUUAUUUUCUACUUUUGUGUGCGUGUGUUGUUGUUGUGGUUGUCUCAGGAUUGGCAUACUUAGCAUGUUUGAAAGUACUAUUAACUUUGCUAAGAACAAUUAUAUAUGACCAUGACUUGUUGAUUAUCACCCAGAAAAACCUGCAUAUGAAUUGUAGACUUGAUGGUUGACUACCUGAUAGAGUUAUCCAUGGUACAAAUAAAUCUUAAGUGUCUAAAUAAUUUUUUUCCUUAGGUCAGUCAGGUCUUGUUGAAUAUUGACUUUGUGGUUCCUACUUAGCAUA